AUGUCAACUGCACAGCAAAGACUCGCGUCUAUCUCCAGCCAGCUUGCUGCUCCUCCAAACUCAAAGAGGAACCUUUUACGCAAAGAUCCGGAUGACAUUGCUGUCCGAGAGAAAUCAAAUCUCGAUCCUGCUACCGUAGAGGAAAUCGUCCUCGGAAAUGUGCAUCACCCAUUCCCCAGCUUCCCACUCCGCGCCGCCGCCAUCGCCGCUGGUUUUCCACCGACAACAGCUACCUCGACCGUGAGUCGAUGGUGUUCAUCCGGCCUCCUCGCUGUCCAAAGCGUCGCGGGCCAGAUCUUGUCGGGCGCAAUCGAUAUCGGCAUCGCCGUCGGAGCCGAGAAUAUGAGCCGCAAUGGAGAAAUCAAGGCCGAUCUGGAUGAGACGCUGACGUCCAUCCCACAGAUUCACGACCUCACCAUGCCGAUGGGCUGGACUUCGGAGAACGUAGCGGCUGAGUUUAACGUGACGCGUGAGGAGCAGGACGAGUACGCUGCGGAGACAUGGCGCAGAGCGGAAAUAUCGCAGAAGGCCGGAUGGCCAGUGGAGGAGAUCGUUCCCAUCACCACCCAGUGGAAACACCCCCAAACUUCGGAAGCGAAGACGGUGACAGUGACUAAGGAUGAGGGUAUCCGAUAUGGCACGACAAAAGAGACGCUGGCGAAGCUCCGUGGCGCGUUCCCGAAGUGGCCACCAUCGACCACAACGGCAGGUAACGCAUCACAGCUCACCGACGGCGCUGCAGCCCUGGUCCUCAUGAAACGCAAGACCGCCGAGAAGUUAGGGCAGCCGAUUCUGGGCAGGUUCGUGACCUCAACGGUUGUCGGGCUGGAGCCUCGGAUAAUGGGCAUCGGACCUGCGUAUGCAAUUCCAAAAGUCCUAUCGAAAGUCGGGCUGUCCAAAGACGAGAUCGAUAUCUUCGAGAUCAACGAGGCGUUCGCCUCCAUGGCGGCGUAUUGUGUCAAAGAGCUGGGACUCCCGAGGGAGAAGGUGAAUCCUCGUGGUGGAGCCAUUGCCUUUGGCCACCCUCUUGGUUGUACAGGAACGAGGCAGAUCGUCACGGCAUUGGCAGAGCUGAAAAGACAAGGGAAGCAGAUCGCUGUGACCAGCAUGUGUGUCGGAACGGGCAUGGGGAUGGCUUCGGUGAUCGUUUCAGAGCAAUAG